AAUGCCUUCAUAGGCGACCCACUGGCUUCACCAGUUGUAAGCGCGUAAUCCUACCAACAUUUAUGAGUUAUCAUGCGCUGCGAACCGCCUAUACGACGCACUAGGGUACCCGGUAGUCAUUGAACCCUGCCUUUGGUGUGUGCAAAAUUUCUGACCUAAUUUGCACACACAGCUGGGUGCUAAUUUCACAGCGCUACACUUGGCCUCAUUCCCGUCGAGGCGAAUUCGAGUACUAUAUAAGCCGCUUGCUUUCUUUGGUUAGAGCAUAGUUUACUUGAAGUCUUAUCGAGUGUCUUUUGGAAACCAUUCUUCAAUUUCAACCGAAAAUGUUCUUCCUGUUCAUCUUCGUCAGCCUCGGCGCAAUCGCCAUAGAACCUGCCACCGCCGGUACGCGUAUAAUAGGUGGCAACUUUGCGUUGGCCGGCCAGUUUCCACAUCAGGUCUCCUUACAACUGCGUGGACGUCAUCACUGUGGUGGCUCACUCAUAUCGCCAACCAUGAUUGUCACUGCUGCGCAUUGCACGAUCGGUCAGACUCCUUCCCAAAUGCGUGUCAUUGCCGGUACUGCGGAUCUGCUUGCCGGUGACGGCAAGUCCUUUGGCAUUGCCAAGUUCAUCAUACAUCCACAAUACAAUUCACAAACGCAGGAUUACGAUCUCUCACUCAUACAAUUGAGCUCGCCCGUGACGCUGGAUGAUAAUAUCGGCGUUAUUGGACUGGCUGAUAUGGAGGCGAAUCAUGCAGCUGAUACGGUUGCCACAAUCAGCGGUUAUGGCGCCAUCAAUGGUAAUCUGGAGCUGCCCAAUCGCUUGAAGUAUGCACGUGUGCAGUUGUGGAGUCGUGACUUCUGCAAUCCGAAGAACAUUCCCGGUAUUACGGAUCGUAUGAUCUGUGCUGGUCAUCCAAGUGGUCAAGUGAGCGCCUGCCAAGGCGAUUCUGGCGGUCCAUUGACCGUAGAUAACAAACUCUUCGGUGUCGUUUCGUGGGGCUUUGGUUGUGGCGCAGCUGGUAAACCGGCUAUGUAUACUUACGUCGGUGCCCUGCGCUCUUGGAUCAAACAGAACUCUGGCGUUUGAUGUGAAUCAGGACAAUUGGUAGGAGAAAAUAGAAACGGAAGCGUUGAAGAACAAUUAAAGUAUUAAUUAGAAAUGAGAAAAAUAAAGUGCUAAUUUCAAAAAUAUAAUAA